AUGAAUAUUAUAUUUACCGUAUGUGGGUUUUUUAUUUAUCUAAUAUUUGUGAUAGGAUAUGUAACACAAAUAAAUGGAAGAACAAAGUGUUUUUCAGAAAUAUAUGAAAAGGCAUCGAAUGAAGAAGAAUCAAAUGUAUAUUGUAUAAAAGAUCAUAAGAGGAUAAGUUCUGUUUAUACUUUUAAACACAUUUUGAAAUUAUUAUUAGAAAAAAAAAAAUUAGAUAAUGAUAAAAUAGGUUUUGUAGAAAAUAGUUGUGGUGAAAUAAACAAUUUUAUGACAUAUGGAACCUUUUUUGAAAAGGUUUGCUCAUUUAGUCAUUCUUUAGAUACUUAUGGAGGGAAAGGUAUUGAAGCCAGGAAAUAUGAUGAAGAUAAAAAUAAUGGUAUGUUUAGAUUAUUAGGUUUAUAUGGGAGUAAUUCUAUAAAUUGGCUAGUUACCGAUAUGGGAUCUAUGAUGAGUGGAGUAACUACAUUAGUAAUGCAUUCUAAAUUUAGCAUAGAUUUAAUUGUAGAUAUUUUAAAAAGAACACAGCUAGAAUGGUUAUGUAUAGAUUUAAAUUUGGUUGAAGGUUUAUUGCGUCAUAUAAAGGAAUUACCACAUUUGAAAAAACUAAUAAUAUUAGACACUUUAGUUAAAUAUAAGAAAAAAGAUAUUAAUGAGGAUGAAAAGAAAUAUGAAGGAUUAAGGAAAAACCACAAAAAUAACAAAAAUAACAACAGUAUUAAUAAGAAUGAGACCAAGAAAGAGGAGGAGGGGGAAAAAAAUGCACUAGAUAAAUUUUCCAAUUUAAGAGAAGAUGUUAACUCAGGGUCAUUUGAAUAUGAUCAAGAGAAAUUAGAAAAGCUUAAUGUUUUAAAAGAGAAAGCCAAGGAAUUUGGAGUAAGUAUUCUAGAUUUUGAUAGUAUGACGACAAAGGUUAUUAAAAAGACAAAUCUAAAGAUUCAGAAUGAAGAUCCUGAUUUUAUUACAUCUAUUGUAUAUACCUCUGGUACAUCUGGACAACCGAAAGGUGUUAUGUUAAGCAAUAAAAAUUUUUAUAGUACAGUAGCACCAUUAUGUGAUCAUUAUGUAAUAAAAAACAUGAAACCGAAAACACAUUUUUCUUAUUUACCUGUAUCGCAUGUAUUUGAGAGAAUUUUUGUUUAUAUGGCUGUUAUUCUUGGUAUAAAAAUAAAUAUAUGGAGUAAGGAUAUUAGUUGUUUUUCUAAAGAUUUAUAUAAUUCAGAUGUUGAGGUAUUUGCAGGUGUACCUAAAGUGUUUACUAGAAUAUAUACAAAUAUUAUGACAGAAAUAAAUAAUUUACCAGUUUUAAAAAAAUCGUUUGUAAAAAAUAUUUUAUUUUUGCGUAAACAUUUUAAUAAUGGACCUUUUAGUAAAUUUAUUGAGAAAUGUACUAAUAUAUCUGCUCGAAUAAAAGGUAACGUGAGUCCCAAAAUGCAAAUGUUAUUAAAUGGUGGUGGUAAAUUAUCUUCAAAAAUUGCUGACGAAUUAUGUGUUUUGUUAAAUGUUGGUUAUAUGCAAGGAUAUGGAUUAACUGAAUCAACUGGUGCUUUAUUUGUACAAGAUGGAUUAGGAUGCAAUACUGAAAAUGUAGGUGGACCUAUUUCUUCUAGUACAAGAUAUAAAUUAAUUUCUUGGGAAAAAUAUAAAGCGAAUGAUUUAUAUCCUAAAGGAGAAUUAUUGGUGAAGAGUGAUUGUAUGUUUAGUGGUUACUUUUUAGAAAGGGAAUAUACAAAGAAUGCAUUUACUGAUGAUGGUUAUUUUAAAACAGGUGAUGUUUUUCAAAUUAAUGAAGAUGGUACUUUAACAUUUUUAGAUAGAUCAAAGGGUUUGGUUAAAUUAUCUCAAGGAGAAUACAUAGAGACCGAUAUGUUAAAUAAUCUUUAUUCUGAGAUCCUUUUUGUAAAUUUUUGUGUUGUCUAUGGUGAUGAUUCUAUGGAUGGUCCUCUGGCCAUUAUAUCUGUUGAUAAAAGUUUAUUGUUCAAAUGUUUAAAAGAAGAUAAUAUGUUAGAAGGUACUGGAAUUAAUGAAAAGAAUUAUUCAGAAAAAUUAAUUGACGAAAUAUUAAAUGAAUCUAUUUAUGUUGAUUAUGUAAAGGGGAAGAUGAUGGAAGUAUAUAAGAAAACCAAUUUGAACAGAUAUAAUAUUAUUAAUGACAUAUAUUUGACUUCCAAAACAUGGGACAUGAAUAAUUACCUUACUCCGACAUUUAAAUUAAGAAGAUUCAAUGUAUUUAAAGAUUAUUCUUUUUAUAUAGAUCAAGUUAAAAAGAAAUAUGAAGAUAAAUUAAAAGGAAGUAGUACAGAUAGUAAGAGUAGUGUAAAGAGUGGUGGCAAAAAGGAAGAAAAGGAAAAUAAAAAGAACGAUAUAGGGGAAAAUAAAGGGAAAAAUGAAGAAAAAAAUGAAGCAAAAAAUGAAGUAAAAAAUGAAAAAAAAAAUGAAGAAAAAAAUGAAGAAAAAAAUAAAAAGAAACCAAACGAACAAUUAACAACAUCAAAAAUAUCAAAACCUGAACAAAGAAAUGUUUUAAAAUGUGAACAAAAUAAUGCUGUAUGUAAUUUUCCGACAAAUAAGAAAAUAGUUAAAGAAACACACUUAAAACAAUUAAGAGUUCCAAAUGUACCAGAAUUACAAGUCAAUGCAUGA